UCCAGCAGCUCUAUGCUUCCAGUUGUUUUUACAGCCAGUCAGUAACAUAUUAAACGACAGCCCGUUGUAGACUAUUGGUAGCAAGAGUAAUGUGCGGAGUCUCCAACAAAUCGACGGUGUUCUUAACGGAAGCUCAGAUUUCCUAAAGCGCAACAUCCAGACUGAGACGCGUUUUUACGCACAUAAAGGAGGACUACAUAUUAUAUAUUUAAAAUUCGUUAAAAACAGCGAAUAUGGUGUCUGCGGGACUGGAGAUCAUUGGGCUUGGGCUGUGCGUUAUUGGUUCACUCCUGGUGAUGGUUGCGUGCGGGCUGCCCAUGUGGAAAGUGACGGCGUUCAUCGAGGCCAAUAUCGUGGUGGCUCAGACCAUUUGGGAUGGGCUAUGGAUGUCCUGUGUGGUACAGAGCACAGGCCAGAUGCAGUGCAAGGUGCACGACUCCGUUCUUGCGCUGGGGCACGACCUGCAGGCGGCGCGAGCUCUCACCGUGAUAUCGUGUGUGUUUGGUGUGUUGGGGCUGAUGGUGGUAAUCGCUGGGGCGCAGUGCACCAACUGCAUCCGCGCCGAAAACGUCAAAGCCCGUGUGGUGAACGCUGGAGGGGUUAUCUACAUCAUCAGUGGUGUGUUUGUGUUAGUCCCUCUCUGCUGGAUGGCCAAUAACAUCAUCUCGGACUUCUACAACCCACAGGUGCCCCCGUCCAAGAAGAGGGAGAUAGGGGCCGCGCUCUAUAUUGGUUGGGCGGCCACUGCGCUCCUGCUGAUUGGGGGCGCGCUGCUCUGUUGCUCCUGUCCUUCUAACGGGAAUUCGGUCUACUCAGCCAAAUAUUCCCCGACCAAACGGGCCACACCGAAUGGUACAGGAGGAGAAUAUGACAAAAGGAAUUACGUGUAGACCUGCUUCUCACCCUCAGGAUGGAGUGGCUAGGCUGUGCGUUAAUAUGGUCUAUGGUCUUUUGAAAAACUAUUUUUAAACGUCCUUUUUGCACCUGCAGUUCACUCUGAAAUUUGAAAUCAAUGAAAGCAUCAUUCCCUUUUGUAACACUGACUUUUAACUAAACACAAUAUUGAAGAACAUAUUCAUCCUUUUUGCAAACUGCAGAAAAUGAGGAGACUAUACUGUUUUAUGGAUAUGAAGUGAUAGCCAAUUACUUUGUUUUGUAUUAUGAAAUGUCCUAGUCUAUAUUUUUUACAACAGCUCAUAAUCCUUUGCAAAUGUAAAUGUUUGCCAUUGUGAUAUUUUUAUUUCAUAAUGAAUAUCUUCACUGGGUUUUUUGUACGUCAGUGUAGGCUACAGUGACCGAUAUCGAAGUGGUUGCACUCUGACCCACCUAGUCUACAAGAUUUCUGGACAAUGGAUUUUUGUUACAUGGGACUGUGGGGAGAG